UAACAUAAUCAUGUGUGCGUGCAUGUGUGUGUGUUUAGGGUGGGCCAUUGGACAUUGCUGCCCUCCCACACAUCUAUGUAUGAUUUCAAGACAGGCGGGCCUGUCAUAAUAUAACAGUAGAAAGGCAGAGGAGCGAGUGCCCCCCCCCUCACACUGCUCCACCGCCCUGAGGCAUCCAGACCGACCGUCCCAGCAGACCGCGUGCCUUCAGCUGUUACACACGGCAUUCUGAUGUGCAGAAGGGGGCCUUUCUCACAACGUGCACUCCUCCUGGGGAAGACCCGCACUAGACUAUCUCUGGGACCUGUCUCUGGACCCCAGGUCUUCAACAGAUAUCCCCUUCAGAACAACACUCUCUCUGGCUCCUUGGUACUCCAAUUGACCACCGAUUGAAGCCUACAUGACUUGACUUUGAGAACCACCACCACCACCACCACCACCACCACCACCACCACCACCACCACCACCACCACCACCCCCACCACCACCACCACCACCACCACCACCCCCACCACCACCACCACCCCCACCACCACCACCACCACCACCACCACCACCACCACCACCACCACCACCACCACCACCACCACCCCCACCACCACCACCACCCCCACCACCACCACCCCCACCACCACCACCACCACCACCACCACCACCACCACCACCACCACCACCACCACCCCCACCACCACCACCACCACCACCACCACCACCACCCCCACCACCACCCCCACCACCCCCACCACCACCACCACCACCACCACCCCCACCACCACCACCCCCACCACCACCACCACCCCCACCACCACCACCACCACCACCACCACCACUACAACGACCACUAGCACUCCCAAGACCACUACUGCUACUACUUUUCCCGCAGAGCUCCAGCGACCAGGAGUCUUGUCCACGGGGGCGACCAUGGCCUCCACGGGGAUGCAGCUGUUGGGCCUCUUACUGGCCGUGCUGGGGGGGGUGCUGGGGACGCUGGUGUGUGCCGCCCCUCUCUGGCGGAUUUCCGCCUUCGUGGGCGGGGAGCUGGUGAUCGCCCAGGUGCAGUGGGAGGGGCUGUGGAUGAACUGCCUGUCCCAGACCACGGGCCACAUCCAGUGUAAGACCUACGACUCCACCCUGGCCCUGCCCGCCUCGGCCCAGGCCGCCCGCACCAUGACGGUCCUCUCCCUGCUGCUCUGCGUGGGCGCCCUCGCCCUGGCCGUGGCCGGGGCCAAGUGCACGCACUGCCUCGGCGACGGGGACCCGGGGGCCAAGCCUCGGCUGGCCAAGCUGGCGGGGGCGCUGUUCGCCGUGGCCGGGCUCCUGUUCGCGUUGCCCGUGUGCUGGACGGCCUACGCCGUCGUCCGGGACUUCUACGACCCCGACGUGGCCGCGCCCCUGAAGCGGGAGCUGGGGCCCGCGCUUUACCUGGGCUGGGGGGCCAGCCUGCUGCUCCUGGUGGGGGGCGGGCUCCUGCAUGCCGGCUCCUCUCCGCCGGGCGCCGGGGCACGGGGGCCCACGCUUGGACGCGCGGGGAAGGAGGGCCCUCAGCCCGUCGCGGCAGGGGGGACACCCGCGGAGAAGGCCUACGUAUGAGGGGCCGCGGAGGUCUUUGUUUGGGUUCUUUUCUUUCCUUUUUUAACCUGCCUACUGCCUGUGACCCCCCCCCCCCCCCACCUCUUGUUUAUCUGCUUGUGUCCUUGUUAUUUUUUGUUAAGUUAUUUUGAUUUUCUAUGUUCCUGCCCACACUGUAAAGCGUCCUUGAGUUUGAAAGGCGCUAAAAAAAUCUAAUUUAUUAUUAUUAUUAUUUUAUUACUUUUUCUCUCUGGGUAAGUUGCCGGAAUGUAAAUAUCACAGCGUUGUUAUUAUAUGGAGAUGCAUAAUACAGUAAAAAAAAAAAAGAAAAGAAGUGAGUGUUGAGUGAUGUUUGUGUUAACAUGCAGUUUGUACUCAUGCUCAUUAUGUGGUCGUGUCAGAGUGGGUGGGACACUGUGGGUUGCACCAGCGAGCAUUAAUGUCGUAAUUCACAUAUUUCAGAUUCCACUCCUCUGUGUGUGUGUGUGUGUGUGUGUGUGUGUGUGUGUGUGUGUGUGUGUGUGUGUGUGUGUGUGUGUGUGUGUGUGUGUGUGUGUGUGUGUGUGUGUGUGAGAGAGAGAGUUAGCAAUGUGCAGAAAAGGUCAAUGCAAAUUGUUUUUUCACGCUCGUGUUGUAAACAACUGGGUAUGGUUGUCAUAAUGUUCCAGUGUUUUAUUAAGACUUUUUUAAAAUAAAGCUAUUUGUAAGAUUCUCAUAAUUAACAUUAUUCAACGAUGCAAUUAAUGGAUCACAGACAGACAAAUAGAUGAUAGAUAGAUGAUAGAAUAAAGAUAAAUAAAUGUU